AACAUUGUUUUGUUCCGCAGUUGCCAGAAUUGUUCACUCCUCAUUGCCACCAUGAAGAAGCCAAAGGACGGUGUUUGAGAACUUGCUUGUAUUCUUCACGGGGCUGGCACAUUGUGUCUUCAACAUUUGCUAGGUUCAGAGAUGGGCAGCGAGAAGGAGCAGAGUCCAGAACCCCAGCUGCCUGAGGAGCAGGGUGAGCUCCUGAGAGUGGACGACUCGGGAGGCCUUCAGAUCCCAGACGAGGAGAAACCGCAUCCGCACCAGAGCCUGGGAGAGUGGCCCCAGGGAAUCCAUCCCCAAACGCUAUGGCAGAUAGUCCCUGCCCCAGCUGGAGAGCCAGGGGGCCCGGGUCAAAUUGCGUAUCCGAGACCCGUGGCCAAGCAGAGGUCUUUCAUAUGUGCCCAGUGCGGCAAAACCUUCAACAAUCCCUCCAACCUGAGAACGCACCAGCGGAUCCACACUGGUGAGAAGCCUUACAAGUGCUCGGAAUGUGGGAAGAGCUUCUCGAGGAGCUCCAACCGCAUCCGCCACGAGCGCAUCCACCUGGAGGAGAAGAUCUACCAGUGUCCCAAGUGCCAGGAGAGCUUUCGGAGGCGCUCGGAUCUCACCACGCACCAGCAGGAUCACAUGGGCCAGCGGCCCUAUCGCUGUGACAUCUGUGGCAAGAGCUUUGGCCAGAGCUCCGCGCUGGCUGUGCAUCACCGGACCCACCUGGAGCCGGCGCCCUACAUCUGCUGCGAGUGCGGGAAGAGCUUCAGCAACAGCUCCAGCUUCGGCGUGCACCACCGCACCCACACCGGCGAGAGGCCUUACGAGUGCACCGAGUGUGGGCGGACUUUCAGCGACAUCUCCAACUUCGGAGCCCACCAGCGGACCCACAGAGGGGAGAAGCCCUACCUGUGCCUGGUGUGCGGGAAGUACUUCUCCCGCAGCUCCAACCUCAUCCGCCACCAGAAAACCCACAUGGGCGAACAGGCCGAUAAGGACUACUACUGAAGGGGCAGCCCCGGCCGAGGGGAGCGCCGCGGCCGGGCGAGGGAAGAUCUUCAGCGGCCAGUCCUGCCCCCUUCGCCUCAAAUCCUCCUGUUUUGGAAAUGGUUUCCUAGCGCCCGUGAAGCCAGCAUCUCUAGGAAGUCCUGAGAAGGGACUCGAGGAAAAACGCUUUUUUCCUUUUUCCUUUAUUUUUUGUUUUUCCUACUCCAGGCUGAUUUCCCUGAAAAAUCAGAGGGUGUGUUCUUAGCUUUAUCUCCUUGGGAUGGAAGUAGAAGUAGGGUAGUCAUGCACACAUCAUUAGGGCACCGUUCCCUGGCCCUUGAGGACAUACUCGUGUGAUGGGCAUCACCGUCUGCGGCCCUCCCGGUGGUGUAUGAACUGCUUAGGGCACGGUGCCAUGGCCUGCUUGCUCCUGCCUUCUGUGCCCCAGCUUUGCUUAGCAUCCCCGACUGGGCGGAGCCGCCCGUGGUGGAGGGACCUUGUGGCCAGGAGAAGAGGUCUGAGGUCCAGCCUUAGAAUGGAAGAAGCCCUCAGGGAGCCGGGAUCCAGGGACCUCACUCUUCCCCUCGUCUGAUUGUCACCCCCACCCCAACUCACAUGUUCUUACCCUGAGUGAUUAGCAGUAAAACCCUUCA